AUGUCAUUCAUCUGUGGCCUCCCCAUUAUCGAGUGUGUUUACUGUCUAGCCUGUGCACGCUGGGCAUGGAAACGUUGUCUACACACUGCAGGACAUGACAGUGAGACUUGGGGGCUGGCCACAGCAGAAGAAUUCGAACCUGUCCCUAGACUAUGCCGGUAUAUACUUUCGGUUUAUGAAGAUGAUAUUAGACAGCCUCUUUGGGAACCUCCAGGAGGGUACGGAAUGGAGCCAGAUUGUGUACUUCUGAAGAAAACGUAUGAAGAUACCCUUGGACUAGCACCCCCUUACUUGCUAUAUCUUGAUCAUGACCAUUCCGAUAUAGUUCUUGCUAUUAGAGGCCUUAAUUUGGCAAAAGAGAGUGAUUAUGCUGUUCUUCUGGAUAAUAAGCUUGGGCAGAGGAAAUUCAAUGGAGGUUAUGUGCAUAAUGGCUUGCUAAAAGCUGCUGGCCGAGUACUAGAUGCAGAAUGUGAUAUAUUGAAGGAAUUGGUUGAGAAAUAUCCAAAUUAUACCCUGACUUUUGCUGGACAUUCCCUAGGAUCAGGUGUGGCAGCUUUAUUGACAAUGUUGGUGGUAACAAAUCCUGAUAGGUUGGGCAACGUCGACAGGAAGAGGAUAAGAUGUUAUGCUAUGGCACCGACAAGAUGUAUGUCACUUAAUUUAGCAGUUAGGUAUGCAGAUGUCAUCAAUUCUGUUGUGCUUCAGGAUGACUUUUUACCUCGAACAGCCACUCCUUUGGAAGAUAUCUUCAAAUCACUUUUCUGUUUGCCGUGCAUUUUAUGCCUAAGAUGCAUGAGAGAUACGUGCAUACCUGAGGAGAAGAUGCUUAAAGACCCAAGGAGACUCUAUGCCCCAGGUCGUCUUUAUCACAUAGUGGAGAGAAAGCCAUUUAGGUGUGGAAGGUUCCCACCGGUUGUGAGGACUGCAGUUCCUGUAGAUGGCAGAUUUGAGCACAUAGUGCUGUCCUGCAAUGCCACCUCGGACCAUGCCAUCAUUUGGAUAGAGAGAGAAGCCAGUAGAGCCCUAGAACUCAUGAGAGAGAUAGAUCACACUUUAGAUGUACCACCAAAGCAGAAAAUGGAGCGACAGGAGACAAUUGCCAGAGAGCACAAUGAGGAACACAAGGCUGCUUUGCGGAGGGCUGUGUCACUAGCUGUUCCGGAUGCCUAUUCCCCUUUGCAGUAUGGAACAUUUGAAGAACGAGAGGAUGAACAUUCACAAAGCACUCCUGGUGAUUCUUCUUCUAGUUCAUCGGACCAAAAAACAAAAGAAAGCUGGGAUGAACUGAUUGAGCGCUUGUUCGACAAGGAUGAGCAUGGUUAUAUGAAGACUCUUGACAACACUUGGAGAAGCAACCGGACGGGAAAUGUUAGCGGCUGUGUGGCACCAAUGGCAUUGGCUAUUGUUAGAAUUGCAAGAGAUGACACUCUUUCCUGGAAUGGUUGUGCAGAUGGUUCGGUGGUUUUGAUGGUGCCGGCCGACGGAGGAGAUGGAAGAUGGUGCGUGAUGGCCGGAACUUAUGAACUGUCUUAUGUACAGUAUUUGGAUUUUGGUCUAAAUGGCACUUACAAAAAGAAGCCCCCAACUUUUGAACUCGGGAGUAAAGCUGCUGGAAACAGCUCUGCGGAGUCAUCGAUGGCGAAGGGAAUUCGUAUCUCACUUUUCCUCAUUGUCCUUCUCUCUACUAGUUUCUCUGGGUGCCUUUCUGUCGCUGAAACUAUCCGGAAGGAAUUGAGAACCAAGGAAGUUGAGGGAAUACAAAUUAGCAAAAGAAGUGGGAGAACCAAUGUAAUUGAUCCGUCCAGAGUUACUCAAGUCACUUGGCGACCAAGGGUUUUCCUGUACAGAGGUUUUCUAUCAGACGAAGAGUGUGAUCACCUAGUAACUUGGCUACAGCGGGAGGAUACUUCUGUUACUGGUGGCAGUGAUUUUGUGGAGAUCGACUCAGAGGAUGAAGUUGUUCAAAGAAUCGAGCAAAGACUUUCAGCCUGGACUUUUAUUCCCAAAGAAAAUGGAAGGCCUUUAAAAAUUCUCCAUCUUGAGCAUGGAGAAUCAAAACAGAAGCAUGAAAGCGUUGUUCAGGAAUCCACCAAACUACUCAGUGAACCUUUGAUGGCAACAGUUAUUAUCUAUCUUUCAAAUGUCUCUCAGGGUGGCCAGAUCCUCUUUCCGGAUUCAGAAAAUGAGAUCCUGUCUGAUUGCACCAAGAGUAGUAUGGCUUUGAAACCUACAAAAGGAAAUGCUGUUGUUAUUUUUAAUGCUCAUCUAAAUUCAUCUCCUGACAACAACACAUCACAUACUAGAUGCCCCCUUCUUGGUGGGGACAUGUGGAUUGCCACCAAAAUUUUCCAUUUGAGGGCCAUCAGAGAAGUAAAGAAUUUAUUAAAGUUGGAUGGCUCUGACUGCACUGAUGAAGAUGAAAACUGUCCUCGCUGGGCUGCAUCUGGGGAGUGCAAAAGGAAUCCAAUUUUCAUGGUUGGUUCACCUGAUUAUUAUGGGACAUGCCGGAAGAGCUGCAAUGCCUGUGAUUCGGUAGAGUAG